GUAGGCUAUGACUCUAGAGAGUAAUGAAAAUUAAUUCAUUGUCUUUGUGUGCAUGAAAAUGCUUCAUGUCCAUCAAAGACAAUUUUCUGGAGUGAGAAUCGACAUGAACUUUGAAACAGGGCUUGGAGUUUUGAUUUCUCAUUCUUCUUUCUGAAUUCGGUGGCUUUUUGUUGUGAUUAGAAAGCUGUCCCUACAAGAUUGUCUCCAUUUCUGUUAGAGCAUAUGCAUUCCCAUUUUUACCGUUUUUCCUUCCACCUUCUGAACUGUACUGAGCAUUACUUUGUCUGUUCUUCUAGACAGGGAUUGCCACCCCAUCUAUAAUAAGUAAUUGUUCGAAUGAUGUCUGUGAUGCAUGAAAUACUCGGGAAGCCUCCCUCACGCUGUUUUGUGAUCAAGUGUUACACCUGUAUAUGUUGUAAAUUGGUAUAAUUCAGGGCUUAGAAAUGGAGAAAUAUGUAGAACUGAAAUAAAGAGAAUACCUGCACUCCUUUUGUGCAGACGGAAUUCUUUGUAGAGACAUGCUUACUGGGAAUGCCUUGUCUAUACGUCCCAAAAUUCUGCGAGUUGAUUUCUCACUGUGUCCAUCGACAGAAGCAAUGUUUCAUGGGUAGAGCUCCUGAGUGUGGAGAUGGAGCCGGGAGUGUUCAUUGGCAUUCCCGUGCUAUCGAAAUCUCCCUAUCCAUGUGCGGCUUGUUGUGCCAGGAAACGCGCCUUGGUCGUGGUGGGUUAAGCUUCCGCUUUAGUCUGGGCUGGGGAAGGGCGCAUUGGGUUCUCGCCGCCGGGUGUGUCGAAAGGUUCGGAAUCGCGGGCCGGGGCGAGCGGCAGCGCGGGCUGCGGGCGGCGGCGGGUGCAGUCCCAGCGCGCACCGCUGGGUGGUGCCCUCGGCUAAGGCGGCGCCGAGCGACUGCGGCAGCGGAGGCGGCCGAGCCCGGCCCAGCCCAGCCCAGGAAAAUCCAGCCCAGAAAAACCGAGCGCAGCACAGCAGAGCAGAGCAGAGCAGAGCAGAAGCCAGCCAAGCAAAGCGCAGAGCAGCUCAGAGCAUCCCGGACUAUACCAGCAGAGCCGGGCGGAGGUGACCUCGGCUGCUGCGGCACGGGCGAGCGCUGCCCCGUGUCACCCGCUGCCGGCACAGCCUGGCUCUGCUCCGCACUCCCGCAGGAAUCUCACCCAGCCAGGGAAGGCGCCCGGCCUGCACUUCGCCACUUUCCGCAGAGAAUCGCCCGGCACAUCCCCGAGACCCAGCCCGGCCGCCGCCGCCGCGCCAUGGCGAUCGCAAGGCAAGUGCUUUGUCUCUCUGCUUUCCUGUCGCUGCCGCUCGCUCGCGCCGAGCCCAUCCGCUACUCCGUAGCCGAGGAGGCGGAAAGCGGCUCCCUGGUGGGCAAGCUGGCGGAGGACGCGGGGCUGACGCCGCCGCAGCUCUCGGCUCGCCGCGCCCGCCUGCUCUCGGAGGACGGCCGCCAGCAUUUGCGCUUAGAGCCCGGCUCCGGCCGCCUCCUCGUGGCGGGGAGGCUGGACCGGGAGCAGCUGUGCGCCCACUCCGACACCUGCAUGCUCCCCUUCGAGCUGCUGCUCUCCGACCCGCUGCAGUUCUUUCGGGUCGAGGUGACUCUGGAGGACAUCAAUGAUCAUUCGCCCGUUUUUCCUAAAGAUCGAGUCACUUUCAAGAUUCUGGAAACGAGCGACCCCGGGUCACGUUUCCCUCUGGAGGUGGCUCGGGAUCUCGAUGUUGGCAGCAACACAGUGCAGGCGUACAGCCUCGCUCCCGAGAACGAGUAUUUUAGUGUCUCCUAUGGGACUCAGAUUACAGGAAAGAAGUAUUUGGAACUGGUGUUAGAAAAGCCACUAGACCGAGAGGAGCACGCAGAGAUGAGUUUCAGUGUUAUUGCUGUAGAUGGGGGCUCUCCUCCGAGAAGUGGCACCGCCGAAGUGAAAAUUCUCAUUCUAGACGUGAAUGACAAUGCUCCCACGUUCACACAGGAGGUGUACAAUGGAAAGAUUCUGGAGAACAUGCCAGAAGGCUCUGUGGUGCUCACUGUGCGGGCAACCGAUCAGGAUGCAGGAGUUAACGGGGACAUUUCCUAUGAACUCAGUGAAGAAGUGGUACAGGGUGACCCAGCAUUUGUGAUUGAUCCCAGAACUGGUGAAAUUAAAUUCACAAAACCUCUGGACUUUGAGGCAGCACACACUCACGAGCUCAGUGUGAGCGCUACAGACGGUGGGGGGCUCUCAGCAAUCUGCAAAGUGCUGGUGGAGGUGGUGGAUGUGAAUGACAAUGCCCCAGAGCUGGUGGUCAGCUCCUUCAGCAGUCCCCUCCCCGAGAACACGGCGCCCGGCACCGUGGUUGCCCUGUUCACGGUCAGGGACCGCGAUUCUGGUGCCAACGGCAAGAUCUCCUGUGCCCUCGACGAUCAGCUCUUCUUCUCCCUGCGGCCAGCCUACAAGAAUUACUAUGAGCUGGUGACAGUGAGCGCGCUGGACCGCGAGCACACGGCUCAGUACGUGCUCAGGGUCACAGCAGCAGACGCGGGCUCCCCUCCUCUCACAAGCACGCACACCUUCACCGUGCACAUCUCGGAUGUCAAUGACAAUGCCCCUGUCUUCAACCAGACCUCGUACACCAUGUAUGUGCGGGAGAACAACGUGCCCUCGGUGUUGGUGGGGGCCGUGAGCGCUGCAGAUGCUGACGAGGGGCUCAAUGCCAAGGUGACCUAUUCGCUGGCGCCAGGGCCAGCGGCAGAGCGGCCCUCGUGCUCCUGCAUCUCGGUGAACUCGGAGAACGGGCACGUGUUUGUGCUGCGGCCCCUGGACUACGAGCGCCUGAAGCACACCGAGGUCACGGUCAGCGCCUCUGACGCGGGCUCUCCUCCCCUCCGAGCCAACGUCACCGUCCGCCUCGUGGUGCUGGACGAGAAUGACAAUGCCCCGCUCGUGCUCUACCCAGCCCAGGACAGCAGCCCAGCGUCCAGCGAGCUCGUGCCCGUGGCGGCCCAGGCGGGCUACCUCAUCACCAAAGUGGUGGCCGUCGAUGCCGACUCCGCCCAGAACUCGUGGCUCUCGUACCACCUGCUCAGGGCCACCGAGCCCGGCCUCUUCAGCGUGGCUGUGCAGAGCGGCGAGGUGCGUCUCAAGAGGCCGGUGACAGAGAGAGACAGCGUCAAGCACAAGCUCCUUGUGCUGGUCACAGACAACGGCAAGCCCCCACUGUCAGCCACCGCAGCUCUCAGCGCGCUCCUGCUCAAGGACUUCUCGGACGUGCGCCUCCCGCACAGCAGCCCGCCCGCAGACGAGCACGGCGACUCCCUGACCACCUCUUUAAUCAUUUCCUUGGUCUUUGUCUCGCUCCUCUUCCUCGUCUCCAGCGCCGUCUUUGUCGCUCGCAAGGUGUGCAAGAGCAAGGAGCUGAAGGCUGCCCAUGUGCUUUACGGUGCCGACAACUUGCAGAGCGGCCUGGCCGAUGCAGCCGCUGCAGGGACCCUGCCCCGCGCCUAUUGCUACGAGAUCAGCCUCACCACGGGCUCGGCCAACAGCGAGUUCCAGUUCCUCAAGCCCAUCCUGCCCAGCCUGCCAGCACAGCCCUGCGCCACGGGCCAGGGCCCCGAGCAACACGAACAGCAUUUCCCCUGUGUCCCUGUCAGCACAGAGGACACGGCACCAGGCAAUGCUGGGACUCUCUCUGCAGGCCAGUUCAAUGCUCUUUCCUCUAACUAGCACCGGGUCUGCACACACAGAGUCUUUAUGUCUCAUUGGAGGAUGUGAUUUAAACUGCAGCAUGUGACAGUUGUUUCUCCAGAGUAUAUCUACAACUUCCUGCAAAUUCUAAGUCAGAAUAAAAAUUGUAUUCCACUCCAAAACCACAAAUAUCAAUCAAAAGAAGCUCAGGGUUUUUUCACGAGUUAUAUUUCACUUUAUUAUUUCUGAUAGCAUUUAAGAAUCGGGUUAGCUCUUCAGUUAUGCUCCCAUCUCUCUUGCUGUCCAAUAAAUAGUAGCGCUUUUCUUCUAUCCCAUGACACUAAGGCCCAGUUUGGCAGACAUCUCCUCCCUUAAAAAUGUACAAAACUCCUUUCCCAGCUCAUGAAAAAAAAUAUUUAGGGUACAGUGUCACAAUGUUGUGUGAGGUCUGGGCUCUUCCUUCCCUGGGUUCUGGAUGCCUCUGUCUGAGACGUGUUGGCUCUGUGUGCUUUGGUUUCCUUUCAUUCAGUACAGCCACUGUGUGUCUCUAUUUUUCAAUGGUGCUGCCCAGUGAGUGGUAGAAUUGCUCCCAUACAAACUUUUCAAUGCAGGCAAUUAUAGCUCAGCUGGCAAGAAGAAUAUUCUAACUCUCUGAGUUCAGUAGUCUCUCCAGAGCAGAGAAGAGCAGUAAAAUGUACAACAAAAUAUUCUUUUUGCCCUAUAAAGCAGUGCUUGGUGUUCUGUUUCCUUGGAAAAAAAAAAAAAAAAAAAAAAAAAAAGAA